CGCGCCCUCGCCGGUAUAGACUAUAGUGACGGCUAAGUAUUUGGGUCCUGCCGCAAGUGCCCGACCCAAUACGACGUCACGGUGUCAAUCCCGAGUCGUUCUUCUAGGAGCGGAGUCCAAGUGGUGAAUGAUUGCUACCGGAUGGGUGGUGUCUACGGAUAAUUUAAUCAAUUGCAUCAAGGGGUCCGUUAGGAAAGGAUACGGGACUUGUGUGGAUGUGGUUUGGACUAUGGGCUGGACUGGACUGGACUGGACUGGACGCAUGGGGAGCUCCGAUCCGACCUCAGGCGGCGACGCGUUGUGCUCUCUGCUCACUGCUGGCCAGGAGCCUAGCGGUAUAUAGGUCCACGGUCGUGAUGAGCGCCGAACCUAGGUACUACCGUACUAGUAGGUACUCGGUAGACAACCUGAAACUUCCCUUGAUACCUUACCUACUUCGUUGCAAUGGACGUCGCAAACAGACCCGAGUGUGUAGAGUGAUAUGGGAUUCUGCGAAGCUCCAUUGGACUUGAAAAGUUGGGACACGACAUCAUAACCCGAUAGGUGCUCAUUACUAUAG